AUGGCCGCUCCAGUGAGUGGCAUGUGGUGCUCCCUGAGACCGCUGCUGCGGGUGGUCCAGACUCGGGACCUCGAGGCGCGGCGCUGGGUCCGGGCGCUGCGGCGCAGCCCGGUGAGAGUGCUGUUCCCCUCCGGACAGGUGGAGGAACGGAAGCGCGCUCCUGACAAGCAGCCUCGCAAGGCGGUCCCCGAGGCCAGUGCUCAGGAGCAGCGACAUAAACACCCUCUGGAGACCUCCCCAUCCCCAUCGACACCUCACACCUGGGAAGAAGCAGGGCUUCGCUAUGAUAAGGCCUUUCCCGGGGACAGGAGGCUAAGCAAUGUCAUGACAAUAGUUAAGUCCAGGUCAUUUCGGGAAAAGCAAGGGAAGAUCCUACUGGAAGGUCGCAGGCUGAUUGCAGAUGCUCUCAAGGCUGGAGCUGUGCCGAAAGUGUUCUUUUUUAGCCGUCUGGAGUACGUCAAGGAGUUGCCGGUGGAUAAGCUGAAAGGUGUCAGCCUCAUUAAGGUGAAAUUUGAAGAUAUCAAGGAUUGGUCCGACCUAGUAACGCCCCAAGGAAUAAUAGGGAUUUUCGCCAAACCUGACCCUGUUAAGAUGACAUAUCCAAAGACUCAGCUUCACCAUUCACUGCCCUUAGUGUUGAUUUGUGACAAUCUCCGGGACCCUGGGAACCUGGGGACAAUUCUGAGAUCUGCAGCUGGAGCAGGCUGCAGUAAAGUCUUACUCACCAAAGGCUGUGUGGAUGCCUGGGAGCCUAAAGUGCUUCGGGCAGGCAUGGGGGCACAUUUCCAGGUGCCCAUUGUGAACAAUCUGGAAUGGGAAACAGUGCCCAAUCACUUGCCCCCUGACACCCGAGUCUACGUGGCAGACAACUGUGGUCUCUAUGCUCAGGUUCAGCUGUCUAAUAAAAUUAGUGACCGUGACUGGGCAUGUGACCGACGAUUCCUGAAGUUUCACAAGUAUGAAGAAGAGGACCCAGACACUAAACCCAGCAAAGACUGGCUUCCCAAACUUGAGGUCCAGAGUUACGAUUUGGACUGGACAGAAGCACCAGCAGCUGUGGUGAUAGGUGGGGAGACGCAUGGGGUGAGCCUGGAAUCCCUGCAGCUGGCUGAGAGCACUGGUGGCAAGAGGCUGCUGAUCCCCGUCGUCCCUGGAGUGGACAGCCUGAAUUCCGCCAUGGCUGCAAGCAUCCUGCUCUUUGAAGGGAAAAGGCAGCUGAAUAAGGUGGAGGACUUGAGCAGGGGCAGGAGUUACCAGGGAAGGAACCCAGAAGUCCUCAGCAGGAGGGUGCCUCCAGCUCCUGCGACAAUGGAGUGAUGCUCGGAGGCUGGCCAAGGUGGUAACCUAGAACCAGGAGGUAGGCAUUGCCGCCAUUGUGUGGUUACCGGAAAAAUAGCAAUUUCUAUCAGUUUCUGCUGUUCUUCAUUAAACAACAGAGAUCAAAAUUC